CUCACGGUCGUUCGUUGUCGAAUCACGUACUGGCAGAGUAACUGCUGCUGGUUGGUUGACCUGUGGGAAGUCAUCCAAAUCUGCAAAUUUAAGUUCUGCCAAAGGUCCCGCAGUUCCGUCUAUCAGUGGUCAGUUCCGUGUGACCUUUAUCGCCCCCCUAUGGGUGUGUGCUCGCGCGUAUCUGAGUACAAGUUCGUGGAAAUAUGACCCUUGCUGGGCGGUGCCAUUGCCAUACGGACAAAUUGCGUGUCGUUCUGCGAAAUCGAAAAUUGGAAAGUGAUAAAUGAAUCAAACACCUUUUCUAGCCAUCAGUGUCCAACUGUGAAGUGCUGUGAUAAGAAAGCAACAAAAAAUCAAACAGCACCUAGGUGUAGCUAACCGCAGAGAACGGGUAUUGAAUGAUACCCAAAGCACAUUGACUGGUCCUCUCCAAACAAGGAAAACUAGGUCGAGCCUGUAACUGCUGAAUUCUGCUCUCUGUGUGGCUGCUGCUGCUGCUGGUUUUGGGAUGGGGUGGAUUCCUGCCACUCGCUUCGGGCUUGUUUUUCCUGAUAGUGGUGCGUGUGUAACUUGGCUGGCCUAGCCUGGAAAGAGUGGCUCCUCGUCGCCAUACACCGCCGCAUAGUGCAUACAUUGUGUGAGUUUUGCAAACUGUGAAUGACGUCGAGAGCAGGUUCACUUCGGGGGGUGGUGUUGAAGCUGUAUAGCACACGAGAUGUCAUACCCGACAACGAUGACCUGGAAAAAUUGCGUGGAAUCUAGUGCAUGAUGUUCCGAGCCUUUGCAUAUUUAAUGUUGUGGUUUUGCGAUGAGAAGUUUGUCGAGCGAAACUGAUAUGAUAAUGGGAAAAUUGAGUCGGUUAUAAAUCAUACGUAAAGUGACGAUAAUGGGCGUGACAAAAGGCAUGAUUUGAACUUUGGAACAGUGAAGAUUCGAAUCGAUUGAUGAGCCACACCCUUCGGACGAACGAACCGAACAUACGAAACCGUCGAAAGAUAUCGAACGCGCGCGCGGCUUCUGAAUCCGGUGGAUGAAUGCGCGUCAUCGUCUUCAGCAGAUAGCAGAAGAUCCGCUAAGAAACAGCAGCUGCAGAUCGAAGAAAAAUUGUUGAUUUGUUGAAAUAAUUGUUUAGAUUUAUAGGGAAGCCAAGCGUAGAGUGUGUAGUGCGUGUGAAGAAAUAUUGCGUGAAAUUAGUCAAUGAAAGAAUAUAUAGUUUAUGUGCGUGUUGGAGGCAGAGUAUAAGAGCGUAUAUUUUAACCAGUUCCACCAGAUGAAGAUCGAUUUACGAGUUCAAUAGUACCGGCUACGCUUGUUUGAGUUUUGUUCUAAGCUGUAAGCAAUAUUAAUGAAGAGUGCGCGAGUGCAGUUCCUGAAGGCAAUGAAGGGCAUCAGUGUAAUAGCGAAAGCAGACGAAGCAGUUGGUGGCAGUGAAUAAAGCGAUUCCCGGGAAGCGUUGGAAAGAAAGCAAAGCAUGUAAGGCCAGAUGUGAUCAGCCGGUUUUAGUCGCGAGUUAAUAUACCAGUAGUGAAGUGGCGCGCAAUGAUGUGCGUUUGUUGAUUUACUUUGGGUUUACGUUAUCUGUUUUAGUCAUAUUUGGUUCCACUCAGUGAAUGUUCGUAUUUGUGUGAAAAGUGUAAAGCAUAAGAAGAUCUACAUAAGCUGAAAAAGAGAUCAAACAUCAAGAAGAAAAAGAAAGUCACAUGCAAUAGCAUCAAACAACAAUCUGUGUGCCAAAUCUUGACGAACGUAGUGAAAUAAGAAGCGACACACGCAGCACGCGAUACUCAAGAAUUCAUCAUGUCACUGGAUUCGAUGGGACCGUCGUCGGCUGUUGGAGGAGGCAGUACUGGUGGUGUGGGAACGUUGUCCGGCACCAGGAUGAUUCACUCACUCAGUACACCAUCCGGGGUAGACGGGAGCAUUUCAGCGUCACACACCCGCGGCGGCAAGAAACUGGCCGUGCGGAUCCAGAUGCUGGACGACACCGUCACCAUGUUCCAGGUUCAGGCCAAAGCACUCGGGAAGGUUCUAUUCGAGCAAGUAUGUCGACAGUUGAACCUACUGGAGGCAGACUACUUCGGGUUGGAGUACCAGGAGGCUCCAUCCGGUACAAAGUACUGGCUCGAUCUGGAGAAGCCGCUCAACCGACAAGUCGGACUCUCGCUAAUCGAACCGAUGCUUCGGUUUUGCGUCAAAUUCUACACUCCAGAUCCGCUCCAGCUGGAAGAGGAAUACACCCGGUACCUGUUCUGUUUGCAAAUCAAGCGGGAUUUGGCCACCGGCAGUCUACAGUGCAAUGACAACACCGCCGCCCUAAUGGCUAGCUAUAUUGUGCAAGCCUCCUGCGGUGACUACGCCCCGGAAGACUAUCCGGAUCACACCUAUUUGUCUUCGUACCGAUUUGUGCCACAACAGGAUCACACCAUGCAGCGGAGGAUCAUGGAGAACCAUAAAAAGCACAUAGGACAAUCCCCGGCGGAAGCGGAUCUCAACCUGCUGGAGACGGCCCGACGCUGUGAGCUGUACGGCAUGAAGAUGCACCCGGCCAAAGAUCACGAGGGCGUGCCGCUCAAUCUGGCCGUGGCUCACAUGGGCAUCGCCGUCUUCCAGGGCAUCACGCGAAUAAACACCUUCUCGUGGGCCAAAAUCCGCAAGAUAUCGUUCAAGCGGAAAAAGUUUCUCAUCAAGCUGCACCCGGAGAAUUACAUGUACCACAAAGACACGGUGGAGUUCUUCUUCGAGGGCCGGAACGAGUGCAAAAAUUUCUGGAAAAAGUGCGUUGAAAACCACGGGUUCUUCCGUUGUUCGGCCGUGCAAAACGUGCAGAGGCGGAAAGCGCGGGUGUUAUCUCGAGGAAGCUCAUUCAGGUACAGCGGCAAAACCCAGAAACAGAUCAUCGAGUUCGUUCGGGGCAAUUACGUGAAGCGACAAACGUUUCAAAGGUCUCAGUCUUUCCGUCAGGGUCCUCUACAUUCAAGUAACCGAAGUCAAUCACGCACUUCAUGUAAUGUGAAUCAAAGCAUCUCGGCUCAUCCUUUACUUCCAAUCGAAACCGCGGAAUGGGAGCGUCGCAGUCAGAGCAACGCCUUGAGGACGCCUUCUCAGACGAGGAAACCAGUGGAUAUGGGGGGGGAUCACCGACCCGGCAGUCCUACCGGACUGGGCAAUCGUUCUCAGCUCACGGAAGCCCAGGUGGAGACCUAUCCGACGAGGAACUAUGCCCAAACGGGCCCAUCGGGAAUGGGCUCAUCCUCGGUGGUGGACCACCACCAGGCGGGCCACCUGCAGCAGGAUUCGAGCAGAUCGGUGUCCCCGGGGGGCACAUGGAGUUCGCCAUACCACCCCAGCAACAACAGCCAUGUGCGAGAAGCCGAUCGGGUUCGUGUACGUCAAGACGGUCUCAGUUCCGCCACGGACGAGUACCACGGAAUCAACGGGAACGUCUCGUUGGACCGGCGCAGUGAGAUUGUUCAGUCACCGAAUCGGUACGAUUUGGUUCCCGGCAUUGGCGGAGGUAAUAACGCCUCCGACCGGUCCAACAAUAAUUCCCUCUCGCGGACCAGUGAAGCCGGAACGUACGAUUUGAGCAGUGCCGAAGCAAGGGCCCGCAAUGGGUUCAACAAUAAUGGCAACGGCAAUGGGGGCCUGCACACGGUCGACGAGAAUGUGAUCAAUAAUAAUAUCAACAACAACAACAAUGUACAUCACUAUCAGAAUCAACCGACCGCGCCGACGCAUGCCGCCAUGAUUGGCGGGAAUGGAGUCAAUGGGGGUUCCGGUACGCUGCGUUCUAUCGACGAGGAGAUCAAGAAGAAGAAAUGGCCUACGGAUCGGGCGUAUUUCCUAGCGAAGGAACUGUUGAUGACCGAAAGGACCUACAAGAAGGAUUUGGAUGUGCUCAAUACGUGGUUCCGAGAGGAACUGACGCCUGAGGACGUAGAAAACCUGCAACCUUUGUUCCAGUACUUUGACUCGAUGCUCGAACAUCACAGCGUGUUUCUGAGGGAUCUCGAACAUCGGAUAUUGCUUUGGGAGGGUCGUGGCGGUCACGAGACCCAUAGAAUUGGCGAUGUCAUGCUGAAGAACAUGGUUGUGCUUCCGAUCUACGAUGAAUACGUCGAAAGCCAUCGUGAAAUUCUUCAGCGGUUGAACGAUCUCUACGAGAACGAUGACCGGUUCCAGCAAACCUAUCGAGAUUUUGAGUUGCAGAAAGUGUGCUACCUCCCGAUAUGCUAUUUCGUUCUGAAGCCCUUGCAUCGGCUUCUACAUUAUCAGCUGCUUCUCGAACUGCUAUUGGAGCACUACGGUGAGGAUCACUUCGAUUACACCGACUGUCACGGGACGCUAAUGAUGCUGACUCGGACCACCGAGGUGGUACGUAACGAGCUGGCCUCGUCCGAGAACUACACUCUUCUGUGCGAGAUCCAGCGGGACCUGGACGGGUUCGAUACCCUGGUGCAAACCGACCGAAAACUCAUCCGCCAGGGCUGUCUACUAAAGCAUUCCAAACGGGGCCUACAGCAGCGAAUGUUCUUCCUCUUCUCGGACAUCUUGCUGUUCGCGUUCAAGUCACCUAUCACGCAGACCUUCAAGGUGUUGGGACACGUUCCGGUGCGGGCACUCCUCACGGAGAAUGCCGAGCACAAUGCGUUUGUGAUAUUCGGAGGGCAGCGAGCGCUUACGGUGUCGGCUGGAACGACGGCCGAGAAGACACUGUGGCUACAGGAGCUGACCAAGGCGGCAGCAGCCGUUCGGCAGAAACCCAACACUCAGCUACCGAUGGUUUCGGUUAAAUAUUGCACAUCAUCCGAGGAAAAUCUGGAAACAUGUGGACUGAACAAUUCCCUGAUCAAUCCCCCAGCGAAGCCACCGUCUUCUAGGAAUAACACGGCACUGCACGUGUGCUGGCAUCGAGGCGUUACCAUCUGCCUGGAGGACCACCUGCGUGCGGGACAGAACCAAAUCUCCGGCUAUCUGCUGCGCAAGUUCAAAAACAGCUCCGGCUGGCAAAAACUCUGGGUUGUCCUGACCUCGUUCUGCCUGUACUUCUACAAGAGCUACUCGGACGAGGCCGCGCUGGCCAGUUUACCCCUGCUGGGAUACACCGUAGGACCGCCGGGUAUUCAGGAUGCCGUACAGAAGGAGUACGUCUUCAAGCUGUCCUUCAAGAACCACACGUACUUCUUCCGGGCGGAAAGCGAACACACCUACCAGCGGUGGUUGGAAGUGCUCCGCAGUGCAACCCAAAUGCAAGACCUCAAGCUAUCCGCUGGGAAUGGCAAUCAUCACACUAGCAAUAAUAACAAUAAUAACGGCAAUGGUAACGCAUCAACCGGUGGACAGUAGCGCAAGUUUGAAUCACUUCUUCAGUGAAGCACCCUCAUCACAUCAACACAGUAGAACCGACUUCCAGUUUGAACAUUUUACGAACGGAUGUUAGUCCAUCAGUAGCAAUCGAGUCAAUCAGCGGAUAUACACGUUAUUUUUAAAUAGUUUACUUUAUCAACUGCGAGAGAAUCAUAAUUGGCGAGUGUGGAAGGUGUGAAAGCAGUUCUUAGUUUCAAAAGUAGAGACAAUCAUUAUAGGUCGAACUUUCUUAAAGAAAGUAAAUGAAAUGGAAAACGAGUGGCUGCCAACGCCACUCAGCUGAUCUAAUCGGCUUCCGAGAAAUUACAAGAUCACCAUCUUGAGUGGGAAAGAGAUUUCUGUAUGCCACUGCGGUGGUAGUGAAAUGCAAUCGUUGAUGUAGGUAGCCUUAGAAUCACUUAUGUGGCUAUUACCUACAGAAUGCAGUAGAUUGUUGAAAAAAAAACUGUAAUAGGUACGUGUUAGCAAACAAAAAUGCCAAUCGAAUGAAACUUAGGAUGAUUAUUUAUACACACACAUAUAUAUACGUAUAUGAUAUCUAUUUAAAAUUCUACAGCGAACUAUUUCGCAGCCCUUUCCAUUUUGUUCGAAAAAUUAUUGCAGCUGUAAGGAACACAUUGUGGCAGAAAAAUUUCAUUAUUUUACAAAUAAAACAGAAACAGUCUUUUAUAGAUCUAUUUGAAUUAAAAGCAA